CAUGGCGCAACCGAAGAAGAAGCUGACAACAACACUCAGGAACAAUACAAAAGAACAAAGGGUUUCGGUACAGCUCCUCAACCUGACACAGAGGAUUCUCUGGGCAACCCCUUUGUGCUUGUGAUUGAAACAAACGGAAUUCACCAUCUUCCUUUGCAUUUAUGCACCUGUCCAGGAGUACUGGAUGAUUUUCGGUUGUCCAAUCUUACCUGCAAAACUUCCGCAUAUCAAUACUAUCUCAAGCUGCAGCACCUGACUUCUCUGGCUUUCCCCAAGUCGGUUCCGGACAGGUAUCGCGGAUUCAGAAGAGUUAGUCGGCAAUGGCGCAAUUUGGAACUUAAAAAAUGCUUUGGUUUUGGACAUGAGCCUAGAAUGCCGAAGGCUGGAGAGAUGGCAUAUGGUUGUGCAUCUUGCGCCCAGCCAGGUGUUAACUUGCCAAUGAACUGGAAAGAGGACCCACAUCCAUAA